UCAUCUUCAUCGCUAGGAAUCAAAACAUAAAGCAUCAUAGACAACAAAACGUAAAUUAGAAUUUCUCAAUUUUUCACGAAUGUAAAUUAGUAAAUUUAAUGUAAUUCGCUAUGAAUUCAGACAAAAAGGAUGGAGGAAAGUUACCCGACGGUUGGGUAUUAUGUAAGUCAAAAUCAAUACCAGGAAGGAAGUAUUACUUUCACAAGAAAACAGGCAGAUCCUCUUGGAGUCAACCACAGGCUGAAGAUGAACAUGAUAAAAGUAAGAAAAAGAGUAAAAAGCAGAAGGAAAAACAGGAAAAAAUCCAAAAAGAAGAAUCCGCUAGAAAAUACUUGAAGAGGAAAAGUGAUAGUAAUGCAGAGACUCCAAAGAAAAAGCAAAAGCAAGCAACACCUGUGCACACACCUGAAAAACUCAAUUCCAGCAUAAAAAAGACACCUGUAAAACCAUUUCCGAGCAGAUCAAGCAACUCUUCUGGAAAAUCCUCAGCCAAUUCAAGACUCGCUAAAUUAAGGGCCCAACUAGCAUCAGAAGCUCUCCAUGAAAGUUUAGAAUCUACCCCUAAACCUAAAGCCCCGAGAAUAAGUCCUAAAGUAAUACCACAAACUGAAACACAUCAUAAAGUUCCAGAAUUAAAAAGUCCAAUCAGUGAAGCAAAAUGUCCAACCACACAUUCACCUGGCAGUGAUAGUCUACAGUCCAUUCCAUCACCCUCACAGUUUCUAGCAGCUAACAAAAUAUUAUCAUCCAUGAAGGCUCAAUUACCUGAGGAGUAUAAUAAUAAGUCUGUACAAAAGGACACUUUUGCGGAUAUUGAACAGGGUAUCUGUAAUCAGACAGCAGAUUACCCAUUCAUGAAGCAUCCAGCAACUCCUCCACAGUUUUCUGAAGCUAGCAAGUUGAUGUCGGCUAUUAAGUCAAAACUAAGUUACAAAAUGAAAGAUGAACCUGUGGUGCCUGUGAAGACAUUUUCUAGUGCAAAGGAACGGAUGGAGACACUUAGAAAUGAUUUAAGUAAUGAAGCUAUUAAUGAAAUGGAAGAUUGUUUGGAUGAUAUUGUAUUCCCUGAAGAAGCCAUGGAGGUUGAUUGUAAAGAGAUCAAGAGCCCACCUCCCACACCAGUUAUCCAAUAUGAGCCUCCUCCAAAAGUACCAAAUCAAAGUACAGGGAAUGAGACAGAAGAUGUUGUGCUAGUUGUUGACACAAAUAUUUUUAUCCAUGAAUUAGAUGUUAUCAAGAAUGUUCUCAAUUCACACAUAAAAGGUUACAAGGAGCAGCCAACGCUCCUAGUUCCGUGGCGAGUAAUCAAUGAACUGGACAGGCUGAAAGACAACAACAACGGUAACGGCGCCAUUUGCAAACGCGCGAGGGCCGCUAUGGACUACCUUUACAAAUCACUGCCGGAAAAUAAUAGGAUAAAAGGACAGUCACUUAGAGACGCGAAUUCACAUAUACAUCCGUGUGAGCUUCCAGAUGAUGAAAUACUGAAUUGUGCGUUACAACAGGCAGGGAGGGGUAAAUCUGUGAUCCUACUAUCAAAUGAUAAGAACCUAUGCAACAAGGCGGUUGUGAACGGACUGCGUUGUAUAGGCCUGAGCGAGCUUAAGCCCCUGCUGGAGAGCAAGCCGCAGGUGGCGCCCGACCCGGACCGAGCGCACACCGUGCUGCGGCACCGCGACACCAUGCACCAGCUGCUGGCCAACAUACUGGAGAAUGAAAUGCGAGCGAAAUACAACAACUUAUGGAAGCAUGUGCUCUUCAAACCGCCGCCUUGGUCGCUAGCAGAUGUGCUGCAGUGUUUGCUCAAGCACUGGGUGGCGGUCUUCAACGAGGUCUUCCCAAGAAUAGAACAUUUAAUUACUGAUUUGAAGAAUUCUCUUGCUUCUAUUGAGAGAAAAGACCCGAAGUCUUUGUCACAAUCCGAAGUAACGAAUUUCAAAGAGCUCUGUCUGGACAUAGCUCGUAAAUGCCUGAUAAUUCCCGAAUACAUGGAGCUAGCUAAGAUGACCGUGGAGCGACUGGAGAAGCGAGAUCCCCGGCCAGAGUUGCCCGUAAUAGAGGCCUUUGAGGGAAUCUGGACAGUGUUCUCUAGCUACUGUGCAAAGUUGGCGACGGGCUUGGGCGUGGAGCACAGCAUAGAGGACAAGCUGCCGACGGAUGACCCCCUCGACGUGAUCACCAGUAAGCUGCCCAUGUUCAGCAACCAGGUCAACUAUCUCACCAUGGCCAUCAAAGGCGCAUUAAGUAUAGACCCUUCAGACCCGAGCUUGGACGAGCACGUGUCGCGCCUGGAGAUGGUUUUCAAAGAUUCGGUGAACCUCAUCAGCCGCGACAGCCGCCAGAUCCACACGCACAGCCUGAGGAUAUUCUGCAUCAAGUGCAGGAACAUGCUGGAAGAGGCCCACACGAAGUUCGCGCAGUUGAAGGAGCUGCUCGACACGUGCAAGGAGCGCGUUGCGUGCAAGUAGAACCUAUGUCGUGGUCAGUUACUCGAAUAUUCCGUCUAGCGUUUUAGGUCAUCGUCGUGGGAGGGCUAUUUGGAU